AUGAUGAACAAGAUCAUUGUUGGCGCGCUUGGCCUCGUCGCCAGCGUUGCUGCAACUCCAUUGGAGCUUGCCGAGCGAAGCUCGUGCAGGGACGACAGUCUUUACAAGUGCUUCGCUGAUAGAGAAUACUCUCACUCGGCAUCUGCGUAUUGCUCUGCUCUCACUCCGGUUACGCAGACGGUCUCCGUUACGAAGCCUACGGUAACAAAGACAGUAUGGGUCACCAGCACCGCCCCGGCUUCAACAGACUUCAUCAGCUCUACUACUACUGUUUACACCGCAACGGUCCCUUCUUCCACAGAAACAGCAACAUCAACAGCCACGGAAACAGUGACGACGACAACAACUGUAACCGGCGCUCAGCCGCCGCCGCAAACGCAGGCGCCACCUCCGCCUAUCACGACUACAAUGAUACCAGAAAAGCGUGUUGUUCAAGGAGGAAACCCAGAGCCACCAAAGUGUAUGCUCACCAAGUGCUUCGUAUACUCUCCUGAGCGCAUCACUGCGGGCUGCAGCUGCAUCGGUGUGCCGCCCAAGACAGUCACAGUCUCUCAGACAGCGCCUUGCUCAACUAUAACAGUGACUUCGACUUCGACGACGACUCCUCAAGUCACAGCAACUGCUUGGCAAACCGUCGUGACGGAGCUCGCUAACGGUGUCUCAACUACCACUACGACUGUCACCGCGACUGCUACCACCACCACGAUCGUCACCGCCACUCCUCCAGCACAAAACCUCAUCCCUAACGGCGACUUCUCUUCUGGUGUGACAGGAUGGACCGUAAUCAACACUUCGCCAGCUUCAUGGAUAAACGCGGGUGUGACGACAAACAAUAGUCCAGACGGCACAUCAAAGAGUUUCCAGGUCACCAACGUCAUCGCAAAUGGACAGUUUUUCCUUGCCAGCCCAAUCUUUGGACUAAAAGUAACCUCCUCAUAUUCAUUGUCCUUCUUCAUCGCAACUACCUCGACCAAUAGGGCCGUGGUGAACAGUGCCCAAGCUCAGGUCAACUGCGGCUCGAUUACCGUUGCAUCGGUGACUUUGUCCCGAGCAACUCAAGGUCCAGGCUCGUACUUGAUUAGCACGACGGCGUUCAACACUCCCAUUUCAUCCGAUCCAAACGUUAUCAGCCAGCUGAAUAGGUGUCAGCUGCAGAUUCUCCUCCCUAGUGCUACACCGUCGCCAAUAACGUGGUUCCUUGCCGAUAUUUCUCUUACAUCUGGCGGUGCGCUUUCUCCGUAG